AUGAGAAGAACUGCACUUAUAACUGGAGGAGCAAAAGGCAUUGGUAGAGCUAUUUCUAAAAGACUUGCCAAAGAUGGCUUGAAUGUUGUGAUCUGUGAUCUACAAAAUCAAGAUAGCGUUGCACUAAAUACAGUACAGGAAAUCAAUGAAUUUGGUGGAAAUGCUAUAUUCUAUCCACUAGAUAUUCAAGUAAAAUCACAAAUUGAAAAUGUCAUAGAUAAGGCGUACAAUAAAUUCGGAACUUUUGACGUGAUGGUGAAUAAUGCAGGGAUUUGUAUAGUUAAUUCGUUCGCUGGUAUUACGGAAGAUGAAUUGGAGAAGCAAUGGUCAGUAAAUGUUAAGGGUGUUCUUUUUGGGAUGCAAGCAGCUGCUAGUAAAUUUAAAGGCAUUCAAAAUAGAACAGGAAGAAUUAUUAAUGCAGCUUCGAUAUCAGGUCAAUUAGGGAUGCCAAAUCAGGGUGCAUAUUGUUCUACCAAAUUUGCGGUCAAGGCACUUACUCAAACUGCUGCGCAGGAGCUUGCCCCAGAUGGAAUCACAGUCAAUUCUUACUGUCCUGGCACGGUUGAGACUGAAAUGCAACGCGAUAUACUAGAGCGGGAGGUUGAAUUAGGUAUUGCUACCAAGGAAGAAUCUAGAAAGAUUCACUAUGAGUCCUCUGCAAUUAAAGAAACAAUUAUGCCAGAAGACGUAGCCGACUUAGUUUCAUUUCUUGCAAGUGAUAAAAGUAAAUUUAUCACAGGUCAAUCUAUUAUAAUUGACGGAGGAGUAAUAUAUCAAUAG